CAUUAUGGCCAAGCAUUGAACUUAUCCCUGAUAAGAAAUCUGAACCCUCUCAGCCUGAGCAGCUUAUAGUUUGAUUAGAGCAUUUUAUUUUAUUUUUUUCUUUCCUUCUUCUUAACUGUAUCUUCAGAUGAGUAACAAGAGAUCCAACAGCUUCCGCCAAGCCAUUUUGCAAGGGAACAGGAGGCUAUGCAGCAAGGCCCUCCUGGAGGAGACGGGACUCAGCCUUUCUCAGCGGUUGAUUCGGCACGUGGCGUAUGAGACGUUACCCCGCGAGAUAGACCGGAAAUGGUACUAUGACAGCUACACCUGCUGUCCUCCACCUUGGUUCAUGAUUGCCAUCACAAUUGUAGAGGUUGCCUUCUUCCUUUACAAUGGAGUGGUCCUGGAUAGGUUUGUGCUGCAAGUCACCCAUCCCUUCUAUCUGAAGAAUUCAUUAUUAUAUCAUCCUCAACUCCGUGCCCAAGCCUGGAGGUACCUCACCUACAUCUUCAUGCAUGCAGGGAUAGAACACCUUGGACUCAAUGUUGUCCUUCAGCUUCUCGUUGGAGUUCCCCUUGAAAUGGUUCAUGGUGCGACCAGGAUCGGAUUUGUCUAUUUUGCUGGAGUGGUAGCAGGUUCCUUGGCAGUGUCCAUCGCUGAUAUGACUGCACCGGUUGUGGGUUCAUCUGGAGGGGUGUAUGCUCUUAUUUCUGCUCAUUUGGCCAAUAUAGUGAUGAACUGGUCUGGAAUGAAGUGUCAAUUCAAGCUGCUGCGCAUGGCCGUUGCCUUGAUCUGCAUGAGCUUUGAAUUUGGAAGAGCUGUAUGGCUGAGAUUCUACCCAUCUGCUUAUCCUCCAUGUCCUCAUCCCAGUUUUGUUGCCCACCUAGGUGGGGUGGGUGUUGGAAUCACGCUUGGUGUGGUUAUUCUAAGGAAUUACGAGCAGAGACUCCAAGAUCAAUCAGUGUGGUGGAUCUUCGUUUCCAUGUAUGUGGUGUUUGUUCUCUUUGCCAUCUUCUGGAACAUUUUUGCCUACAGCCUGUUGGAUCUCAAACUACCUCCACUUCCUUAAGAGCUCGGGCUAAACGACAAAGAAAUGACUUCCCAUCUUCCAGCUUCAUGGACAAAAAAAAAAAAAUUGAAACCAUAGGAUUUAUUUUUUUAAUGAAUGUGACAGGAGAGGAAUGUAUCCAAGUUCAGGAGUGACAUGCGCUGAGGGAGAACUAUGCGUGCUUGAUGGGAAAUGAAUCCACGGAUCCUUGCUUGGAAGAUGUUUGGGCGUGGAGAUUUACAGGUACCAUGAUCUUUAUGAGCCACACCUUGUGCCCUUUGCUCAUAUAACCAGUUUGGUGCUGUAUUCUAAAGGAAGAUUCAGUCCCCUGGAUGCUUAGCCCAAUACAUAUGGGUGAAAUGUUCGUGCACGCUGUGAAGGCUCAUUUGGAUGGUUUUAUCUUUUCCAGCAUUCACAGUUAGAAACUUUCAGAAGAGCUUUCCUUAGCUGAUGUCCUCCAGAUGUGUUGUGCUAUCAACCCAUCACUUUGGUUCAAGAUGAUGGGAGCUGUAAUCUAUUACAUUUGAUUACACCAGACAAUCUUCCGUCCAUUUGGAAAAUAUAUUCCUUUCUUUAGUGAAUGGGUUGUAAGUUAUGCGGAGCAAAAGAAAGGCUUGGAGACCAUCUAUGACAUGCCAGCCUGGUACCCACUUUGUAGCCCUAUAGCAGCCCAAAGUCUCUUAAGUCCAAAUAUUUUAGCCUUUCCAUCAUUUGUUGAGUUUUCUGGGGAAUUAAGAGGGAAAAAUAAAUGGAGGAUUCUGAUUUUAGAAUCACCCACGGCCACUUGCAGAAGCUGGUUUUCAGCUAAAGAAUCAACCAAAUCACACUGAAAUAUUUGAAGGUGCUUUAGUCUGCUUAUAAAAUUCAGCUGCAUAUUUAAUUCUUUUUUUAUUCUUUGUGGCUGGGUUUUUAGUCAUCAUAUAUUUCUUGAAGCUGUUGAAUCUUACAAUAACUAUAUUAUUUCCUUUGGGGCUUUGGUCCUUCUGUUCAUUUUAAAGCAGGAUCUGCUCCUUGGAGAAGGAUAGUUAGAGUUUAAAAGAGUUCUUCCAGAAUUUUGCAACCCAUUAAACAACCUAGAUGUUCUUGAUGUUUAGCUGCUUUUACGAGCUCUCCUGCAGUCUUCUGUAUUUUUCAAGAUCUUGAUCUACCAAUUUUGGAAGAAGUAGAUGUGCUCCCUGAACAAAAUAUUCUAGAAAUUUUGGUUUGGAAAGUACAGAUUUGUUCUUUUGCCUCUUGUGAAUGCAGUCAGCAAAAUUGUAAUGAUGCUUUGUUAAUUUUUCACAUGCAUUUCACUGAAGCCAUUCUCCAUCUGACAGUCUCUAAAUAUGUUGGGACUCAGCAGGACCAAAGGAAUUCUCGGAACUGAAGUCUGGAUUUGGUAUAUUUAAUCUACACACAACUGAAAAUACUGGCACUGUAGAGGUGGUUUAAAAAAGUCAAUAUGGAGGGCCCAGCUGCAUGACCGAAGCCCUGCCUCCUUUUUACAUGCAGCAAUGAACAUUAAAAACAGGCAGAGUUUCUGUUGAGUUGUCACACCUACUGUACCUUAUUGACAUUUUACCCUUGCCUUGUCAAGAUCUCUGGAAAAAGUUGAAGGGAUCUGGUUUAUUCAGGGCUACCAAACUUAGGCUGAGAAAUCCAGAUGACUAGAUGGCAGCAAUGAGAUCCAGAGAACUUUUAACUACUUGCUAUUGUUUAGGGGUCACCUGCUCACCUGGAAUUCUGAGAAUUGUGGUCUCAUCAUAGUUGAGGACAUGAGACUGGGGAGAAUUGCUUCAACAGAUCAGGGAUGUGUUUAACAGUAGUGCCUCAACAGGUAUGCAAGCCUGAGUGAAUUAUUUAUGCAAUCUCAUGGGAUGCACCCCUUGCGACAGGGGGAGGUUUCAUGUGGAAAGAAACCCUGUGGAUUUAAAAUAAUCACAUCUACAUAGCUGCCAGGAAGCAAAUAAUAGUAGAACUGGAAGGACAUUUGUUUGUUUGUCUAGCCUAGAGAAAAAUCAGCUGGGAUCGCGCCACACACUGGCCUAGAUUAAAUAAGAUGAGGUACUUUGAAGUUCAGUAUGUAAUGAAAUCACUAGCAUGUUGUGUGAGACUCUGGGGAUCACACUCAGUCUUAUUCGGGUCUUCAGGCAUAGCCCGUUGUGAUAGCACAACAGUCACAUUUCGUCAAUUUGGGGUUUGGGUUUGGCGCAGGGGUUUGCAAAUGAGUUUACCUAGCAAACCCUAAAUUUGAUGUUUCUAUUUGUACAUUUUUUUGGAAAUUGAAAGCACUUGAUAAUGUUGACUUAACAACAGUCAACAUUACAACAAAGAUGAUUGGGGGACUGGAGGCCAAAGCAUAUAAGGAAAGGCUGCUGGAAUUGGGUAUGUCUAGUUUAAUGAAGAGAAGG